AAACGUUUCUCAGGGCUUUAAAAAAGAAAAAAAAAUUGAAUAGGCCUUAUGUGAAAAUGUUUGACAAUUGGAUUUAGAAACCCAACAUGGGAAAGGCCAAGGAUUGGACCGCUUGAUGUGGACAAGAAACUUGAGUGUGUCACAGAACUUCCAGAGUAGAAAGCCGCUUAGCCUAGAGACAAUGUCGAAAUUCAUUUUGCAAUCGGUCCCGAAGUCGGAUUAGAAACUUGGUGAGGAAGAAGCGUCCGGUAGUGGGAGGCAGGAACGCGUGGUGGGAGCCGGGAGUGAACGUUAAACUCUCACUUUCCUCCUCGAGUGAAAGUAGUGGCUUUCCCUUUAGGAGAAGAGAGAAAGAUUGUUAUUGACGAAGUUUCGGUUGCAAACGGAGUACGUCUUCGCACCGAAAUGCGGGCCCUCGCAGUCCUCACAGUCUUGACGCUGAUGGUUGCCAUGGUGCGUGCGACUUUACAGCCGAAAGCUCCAAACUUUCAGUAUUUCGAAAGACCGAGAUACAGAUAUCCGUACUACGAUGAGAAUGGAAAAGGAAAGCUGCUUUAUGGAUAUGGAGGGGAUCAGUUGUUCGAAUACACAAAAUAUUCACCCCUUGAAGGUGUCCAUUAAUGUAAAAAAAAAA